UGUGCGAGAUUAAGAGUGCCUAUAAUAUAGGUCGCAGCUAGUUCUGUAAUACAGUUGUGCUACUGGUUUGCUGCUCUAUCACAAUAACCACAACCAUGAGUGUCUCUGCAAGAGUGUACUACAUUGUUGGUGCUGUCGUUUUGGGAGUCGUCGGAAGCCUGAUACUAUUUGGCAUCAAGCUGUGUCUGUUUCUGUGCAAGGAAGGAGGUGUGAGUUUUCAAAAUGUUCAAGGGAACCAGCCCAGCCAGGUGACUCAAGUAGUGCAGCAAAAGUGUCCAGAGAUCCUUCCUCCUCCAUACUCACUGGACGACCAGACUCCAGCAGUGACCAACACUCUGACUACUGACCAGUUGGAGGGCGAAACUAAGGCUCUUUAACAAGAGCUACCGAGUGCCUCGAACUGUACUAUAUAAUAAGCUUGAUGUAUGAUGAACAGUGAGCAUUAAUAAUACUCUGGUCUUGCAUAAUAUUAUCAUUUUAAAGUCAAAUUGUCUCAGUGCAGCUAGUGGGUCCAUUGAUAGUAAUUCAGAGUGGGUAGUUUGGAUGGGGUGAUAUUCGAAACUUGGUACAC